CUCUCGUGGCCAAACAUGGCGCAACAUUCAACCGCACAAUCCUCAUUGCCUUUUCUAUCACCGCCGAGAUUCUCUGUUCUUGAGACAUUCAAAUAGCAAUGGCGCCUAGUACCAAGGACAUGCGACGCGCGGACCUGAUCGUGCCGUAUCAGGAACCCGUCGUAAAGGGCGAGGUGACGGAUUUCUCGUCUACCAUGUCGUCGACGCUGCCCAUGGCUGCCAUGUUUAUGCGGAACAAGUUUGUCGGAUGGAUUGCGGUGGUGUUUUCUAUCCAGACUUGGUUGGGCGAGAGCGAGGAUAGCCAGAAGAGCAGUGGAACGCCGGGAUACUUUUCCGUUGGCAUGUCGGUUAUGGCUCUGGCGGUGACAUAUCUGCCCAUGUUUAUUCCUCCUCCGGGCGCAAAGACUGCUCCUCCCCCUCCGCAGCCGCUGCAAUAAGACAACGAAAAGCUGGGUGGAGAUGAGAAUGGAUCGAUACGUGAUAAUAAAUAAUAGGAUACCUGACUGAGAUUGAAUCAAAAGAAGGUCUUGGAUGGAGGUGUUUCGUGGGGGAAAAGGCAGACGGAGACGAGGCGAGCUGCAAGGCUUCUAAUGUGACAUUCGUGUACGACGGUGUAUAUACAAUAAUUUUGACGACCAAAAAUGGCAGAUGCCAUAUGUUUACGUGA